UCUGACCUCAACGCGAACUUCGAGUUGUGUGUUCAUACGCCACCACUCUUCAGAUACUCCUAUUGUCUCUCAAGCUAUUUAGUUAGCCAUGGACAACGACGAGGACUGGAAUGCUUUCCUUCGGGACCACCCUAUCUUCUCUUUGCCCAAGAGUGUCUCAGGCCCGACAGGGAAAGGGAACAACUCCCUAGAGCUCUCUAUCAACACACUACAUCAUUUCACAGAUUUGGAUCCUUCAGAAGAUGCGCCUACACCAUCGGGAAGACGUCAGGUCAUGGUCAUUAAGGAUGCAGAUCUCAUUGUCGCAGCAGGCAGUGAAAUACGCAUAGCUUCGCUAGGAGACUCCAAGUUACACAAAGAUAGUCCAAAGUCAUACAAAACUUUGCACACACCAAAUAUUACCUUCGAGAUUCACUCCAUUGCCUUGAACCCAAAUGCGAAGUUGCUUGUUGUGGCGGGCGCAUUCCAAGUUGCAGUUAUUGUCUUGCCUCGGCCAGGCUUCAUGAAGCUAGUACCUCAGGUGGUUGAUUGCAAGUCGAUACAGAUCGGCCAAUAUAAUCACGCCUCAAACUCGGCAGCUCCGAUUGCCAAGGUGGAAUGGCAUCCUUGGGGUGAAGGAGGUACAACACUACUAGUCAUGACCACAGAUGGCAAGCUACGAGAAUAUGACAUUUCGGUGGACACGGAGGAACCCCAACAAGUCCUUUCGUUUGUUCCAGAAAAGAGAAUGAACUCGUUCAUUGCUGAGGAUGCUUCGGAGCGCGAGGUCGCUUCCUUCACUCUUGGAAAGGGGCAUGCGGACUGGGGUCCUCUCAGUGUAUACGCCUUGAUGAGAAGCGGGGACAUAUAUGCAAUAUGCCCAUACAUGCCCAAGAAUGCCUCAAUACCUUCCUCUUACAUCCACGCGCUUGAAUGCUUUGUCCAUGCCAAACAAGAAUUCUUAUCACACUCUGUCAUAAACGCUUCGACUAGCUUGUCUAACCUGUAUGACUACCAACACAAAUAUGUGUCCGCUCUCCUUAAACAGCUUCCAUCGGGGACCGCUUUCCCUGCCAGUUCACAAUUCUUCGUCCUGCAUCCGCCCACUACAAUCAAAGGCAGCCCUAUUCGCCAGGGGCCAUUCCUCCUACAACCCUCGCCGAAGCUGCUGGAUGGUAGCGAAGGUGGCGACGCAACUGAUCUCGUUUACUUGACAUUUGGGACACCUUCGGCAGACGAGGAGGAUGAAGGCAAAACAGAACGUCUCGGUGUCGUCCUCAUUACAUACCGUGACGGCAAAGUCGACGUUUGCUUGGACGUUGAGAAGGUUGAAGCUAAAUGGGAACACAGACAGCACAAGAAUAACGACCUUCCCAUGCUAGCGGUUUACGAAACGAUUGAUCUGGGUGUCAUCUCGAUGCUUAAGAAGGUUACCUCAACCCCUUCGGGCCCGUCCAUCCUUGACCUCGUAGAUGGCAACCAUCCAGUGUUCCUACGGGACCCCAUUCAGGAGGAAACUGUCUACGUCUAUCAUGCAUUCGGUGUUCACGCUCUGCAACUAGGUGGUCUAUUGCAAACACUGGCGGCUGCAUUGCGGGAUGACAGUAGUAAUGCCGGCGACGAUGACUUGACCAGUGCCGUCGAGAAAUCAGGUGGCACCACCGUUUUACCAAUACUAACGACAUUUUCCGUCGAACGGAAGUGUUCCAACCCUGUCAUUGGCGUGGCCAUUCCGAAUGACGUAUAUCUGACUUACAGCAUCUUCAUCUUGACGUCUGCGAUGAGAGUUGUAUGCUUCCCACUCACACUUCGUUCAGAGCUCGACUCCGCCAACGAACCUGCACUACUUGCCGUCUCUCAGACCAAGGACGAUUUUGCCAAGUCACUAUCGCAAAGCGUUUCAACACCACUAGACGGCCCUCCGGCAUACGUCUCCCUACUUACUGAACCUUUCGAACUCCCAGCCGUUCUGGCUCGGCAGAACGGACUCCCCUCAAAUCCGAUACUAGCACUUCCUCCUGCACCUCAAGACGCGAAGUCAGAACUUCAACUCACACCUGAUACUCUUCGGUAUCUCGGGACUACCUUCGAGCGCUUCAUGAAUCAAAUUCGGGAAGUCCAGUUGGCAUAUAAGGCUGCUCAGAGGCGUGCAGAGUUGCAGAGGCAGGAAUUCAAGCGACAGCAAGAGACCUGCAAGGAGAUGUUGGAACUUAUUGAUAGGCUGCAUACCUCACGUCAAGCAACCACUAGGGCGAAGGUGGCGGACACGCAGGAAGCGCAAAAGGACCUUCUCAGGAAGGAAGAAAGAAUUUUACGGUUGUUGACGAAGACGGCAUCUCCGGAGCUGAGUGAGCAUGAAACGAAAUGGUUCCAAGAACUGAAGAGAUUGCAAGAGGAGGUAAUCGGCGCUGGGCGGUACGACGCAGAUUCCUUGGAGGCUAGGACAGCCUUGCUUCGACGGGACCUAAAUCGAUUGCUGCCAAAUCUGCGAGAACUGCAUGAGAAGGAAGAAAGACUGAAGAAGAAACUCGCGGAGUUUCAUCAAAGCCUUGGAGUGUCACAAGCUUUCGAGUUUGGAGAGCGAUCCAAUGCCGAGUAUGUAUUUGACCAGUUUGUCGAGAUGCUUAUCCUCAAUCUCGUUUUAUCAGGCGUUCGAAAAUCAGUCGUCUUGAAACGGACAUUCAAAGGUUGGCUGAGAGGCUGGAUAUGAGCCUCGGAAGACCGCCUGCGUUGCACGAAACCUACAAAUCUUAACCGAUGUUGUGCUUAGUAUUUGGUUUAUUUUCUAACUACCUGCUAUCGUGUCUUUAGCUUCCAAUGGUAUAUUCGCGUUCAAAGCCGAGUACAUCUUAAGGUAUAAUUCCUGCCCU